AGUAUAUUUUCUCUAAAAGCUUCACAACCAACAUGGCCGCCGCUCCAGAUAACAUGGAUCUUGACACUUCUAGACAACCUUCGACCUCUGCUGGCACAAAUAAGAAGCGCUUUGAGGUUAAAAAGUGGAAUGCUGUUGCAUUGUGGGCUUGGGAUAUAGUGGUUGAUAACUGUGCAAUAUGUAGAAAUCAUAUAAUGGACUUAUGCAUUGAAUGUCAAGCCAAUCAACAAUCUGCCACUAGCGAAGAGUGCACUGUGGCCUGGGGUGUUUGUAAUCAUGCGUUUCAUUUUCACUGUAUCUCAAGAUGGUUGAAAACACGACAAGUGUGUCCUUUGGAUAACCGCGAGUGGGAGUUUCAGAAGUAUGGUAGAUAGUGACGUAGAAAAUUGCCGAAGUUAUUUUCACGGCUCCAGAGGGCUGAUAUUGCCUCACAUUAUUCCCAACUAAUGUAUUUACUUCAAUGUUUGUAUUCAUAAAUAGUUGUUGUCGUUCUAUAGUCGCUAAAUAAAUAAGUGAGCGAGAGA